AUGGGGAAGGUGGCAGUUAGGGUGGCAGUGGUGUGUGGGAUAGCGGUGGUAGCGGCUGCGGCGGUAGUCAUUCAUCGGAAAGUGAAGAAGUCAGGGAUGUGGGUGAAAGCAAUGGAGAUAUUGAAAGAGUUUGAAGAAAAGUGUGGGACUCCGAUUCCGAGGCUGAGACAAGUGGCUGAUGCCAUGAUUGUGGAGAUGCAUGCUGGCCUUGCCUCUGAAGGUGGCAGCAAACUCAAGAUGCUCAUCAGCUAUGUUGACAAUUUGCCUACUGGAGAUGAGAAGGGAUUAUUCUAUGCAUUGGACCUUGGUGGAACUAACUUCCGUGUGAUACGAGUUCAAUUGGGAGGGAAACGUAAAGGCAUUGUUAAUCAACAGUUUGAGGAGGUGUCAAUUCCUCCGAGUUUAAUGACAGGGACUUCAGAUGCAUUAUUUGACUAUAUUGCAGCAGCACUUGCAAAAUUCAUAGCUCAAGAAGGCCCCGAGUUUAAACUAAAUCCUGGUAGGCAGAGGGAGCUUGGUUUUACCUUCUCCUUCCCUGUGAUGCAGUCAUCCAUUGCUUCUGGAACCCUUCUUAAGUGGACAAAAGGCUUCUCUAUAGAUGACGCAGUUCACCAAGAUGUUGUAGCAGAAUUGUCCAAAGCCUUGGAAAGACAGGGCCUUGACAUGCGUAUUGCGGCAUUGGUUAAUGACACUGUUGGAACACUGGCCGGGGGAAGGCAUCACAACAAUAAUGUUGUUGCUGCUGUGAUCCUUGGUACGGGAUCAAAUGCGGCAUAUGUGGAACGAGUACAUGCCAUACCAAAGUGGCAUGGUCUACUACCCAAAUCGGGAGAGAUGGUUAUAAAUAUGGAGUGGGGUAACUUUAGGUCGUCGCAUCUUCCAUUAACAGAGUAUGACCAUGAACUAGAUGCAGAAAGUUUAAAUCCUGGCGAACAGAUUUAUGAGAAGGUAAUAUCUGGUAUGUAUUUGGGAGAGAUUGUUCGCAGAGUUUUGUGUAGGAUGGCUGAGGAAGCUGCAUUUUUUGGUGACACUGUUCCACCAAAACUUAAAAAGCCAUUUGUAUUGGGGACACCUGUCAUGUCAGCAAUGCAUCGGGACACUUCCCCUGACCUCAAAAUGGUGGCCAGUAAUUUGAAAGAUGUUCUUGAGAUAUCAAAUACUUCCCUGAAGAUGAGAAAGGUAAUUGUUGAACUUUGCAACAUUGUUGCCACACGUGGUGCACGUCUUUCGGCUGCUGGGGUACUAGGGAUUCUGAAGAAAAUGGGGAGAGACACAAUCAAGGAUAGAGAGAAACAGAAAACAGUGAUAGCUAUGGAUGGUGGACUAUACGAGCACUAUUCGGAAUACCGCAACUGCUUGGAGAACACUCUAAAUGAAUUGCUCGGAGAAGAGGUGGCUCAAACCAUUACGAUUGAGCAUUCAAACGAUGGUUCUGGCAUCGGAGCUGCUCUUCUUGCUGCUUCCCAUUCACAGUAUCUUGAAAUAUAUGAGUCCUGAGAGCAGUAAGGAGCUGGUUCUGCCAUUCUUCUAAAGUUACUUGUGGAAAUCAAGGCGGUUCUAUCCACAAUUUCUCUGGUAGUCGAGGGCAUUAAAUAAUUCCUUGCAGUUGCAGAUUACUCAAUGAGGCGGAUUAAAUGUAUAAAUGCAGGACUUGGAAGCGCGAAAUCGUCAGUUUGGCUUGUGAAUUGAUUCUAUUUACCAUUUUUGUUUUAUUCUGGUACUCGACACUGCUUGCUGUUACUGUUAGGCCUGAAAAUAAUUGUUCUCGAAACUGAAUUCAAACAAGUAUAUUCAGCUGCAACCAUUUCUGC